AUUAUACAUAUCUGUGGAGCUGGGCACAUCUCACAGUGGCAGACGAGACUCAACACACUCACAGAGACACACUGCUUUCAAAAUAAGAGCAUCUGAUUUCAACAACCAGGUGAAUUUAUCACAUAAAUAUAAAGGAUCUGGAUUUAAUUCUUCACGACUGCUGGGCCGAGGAGGGAUCAUGGAUCCGAUUGUGGAAGUAGUGGCUUUUAUUUUGGGGUUCGUCGGUUGGGUGAUGGUCGGGGUCACCCUGCCGAACAGGUACUGGAAGACCUCCACCGUGGACGGGAACGUCAUCACCACAUCCACCAUCUAUGAGAACUUGUGGAUGUCAUGUGCGACGGAUUCAACCGGGGUCCACAACUGCAGGGAGUUCCCUUCUUUGUUGGCUCUGAGUGGCUACGUCCAGGCGUCUCGUGCCCUCAUGAUCACAUCUGUAGUGCUGGGCACCUUCGGACUGGUUGCGGCCCUGAUAGGCAUGCAGUGCUCGAAGGCUGCAGAGGGCAACGUAGUUCUUAAAGGGAGGAUUGCUGGCACUGCUGGAGUACUUUUCAUACUGCAAGGUGUGUGCACAAUGGUCUCAGUCUCCUGGUACGCCUUCAACAUCACUCAGGACUUCUUUGACCCGUUCUAUCCGGGGAUAAGGUAUGAAAUCGGAGAAGCACUUUACAUCGGCUGGUGCUCGGCUGUGCUCGCCAUCGCCGGAGGAGCCUGCCUAACCUGCUCCUGCAGAAUGGGGCAUGAGGAAAAAUACCCGUUGCCUUAUCAAUCCAGAGGAACUGCAUAUUCUGGACCAGCACAGACCAGAAGUGUGGCUGCCAGCACUUACGGAAGAAAUGCUUAUGUUUGAGAAACAGAAACCUGAUCCGUCACAAAUGCUUGGAUGGAACUUAUUCAUCACCACAUUGUUUGUUGAUGGGUUAAAUAUAUCCUAGUGUACGACCUUUACACUUCAGAUGGAGCUUACUGUUUGUUCAAUGUUCAGUGGUUGAUAUGACAUUAACCACAGAACUGUGUACUCUGUACAAAUGAUAGCUUUCAAAUUGAUAGUGCUCAAGACGUAAAAGUUGUGAAGGGCCAAUGGGCCACAUCACACAUCACACAGACAUACUGUACGCCCUCAAUGAUUCUAUUUAUGUUUCUCUGAUGAUAUGAGCACAAAUACAUUAACACACAGUCACUUUUCAUAAAGCUUUCCAAUCAUUUGAUAAUCUGUAUACAUUCUAUUAAGACUUUUGUCUAAUUUUGGUCAGAAACUGAUGUGAUUCAUUGUGCGCGUCUGUGUUUUUUGUACAGUUUUAUAGAAAAUUCUUCUGAAAGAAGGACAAGGACGAGUUAUGUGCAUUGUUUUUUGUUUGUUUUUAUACGAUUGUACGUAAUAAAAUGUUUUAUGCUCAAUGA